GACAUGGACGCCUAUGCUGCCCAGGCUGCGAAGGUCUUGUCUGAGGAGCCGCCGCCCGUGCAAAUGGUGACCAAGCGCCGUCAGCUUGCGGGAGCUCCAAAAAACUUGGACAUGGACGAUGAGGAUGGCGAUGACGAAGUGCCUUGUGGAAAAAAGGUGAAGAAGAGGCCUGCAGCCGCGACCCAGAAGGCAAAAUCAUUGGUCGAGGAGGCUGAUGAGGACUUGGACGAGGAGCAGGCUUCGGCAAGCAAGCCUAAAUUGUGUCGCCGUGGCCGGGGCGGCCGAGGUGGCCAGCGCGGCCGCGGAGGCCGUGGAGACUGUGGUGGUCGAGGUGGCCGUGACAAGAGUGCCGGGCGAGGUCGCGGCCGUGGUCGUGGAAAACCCUCAGAGACGGUGAGCCCCGCCAGCCCAGAGGGAAGCAAUGCCACGCAAGCUUUCAGUCCGUGUGAGAUGUCUUGCCCUGAGGAGAUGGAAGAGGAGGACUACACGUGGCCGGACGAGAAUGAGGAGAUGUACGAUGAUGACAUCCCGGCCAAAAGGCCGGCUGCGCGAGUCAAGGCCUCCAAGCCCCCGAAGGCCUCUACGCAUGGCCGUGUUUUGGAAGAGCCUGUUCAGGACAAGGCUGCCAAGAAGAAGGCCCGCCACACCGAGGCUGUCCAGGAUGAUGAUGAGGCAGAGGCGACGCCUCCUCCCAAGAAGAAGAAGCACGGGGCCUCCCUGCAGCAUACGGAUGCUGAGGAGGGAGAGAGCCCGCCGUCGGAAGGCAAGCUAACCUUCGCUGGUCGCAAGCAGCCGGCGCAUGGGUUGCCGCACAUGAAAUGGGCGGUCUUGCGCGACGCGUUCCGGGACCAC